CGCAACUGUGAAGAAGGCCGUCCUCAACGACGUCAAAACCAUCUUAUGGCAUUGAAUUGCAACAUGUUACCUACAAGACUAUAUGUACUUUGCUGUGAAAAACACGAUUGUUAACCUCAGAGUUCAUUUCAGAGCGACCCACGCGGCUCAUGAGGUCAGGCUAAAAUGAUCAAACAGUUGCGGCGGCACCUUUCAAUGUCUCUGGAACAGCAACAGAGAGCUGAUUCCGUCAAAUAUGCGCAAUGUUGAUUGGGUGGGCGGACCAAUGCAUUAUAAUGGCGAUGCAUAAUGAUGACCCGUUCCCGUUCGAUUAAGGAAUCGAGUGAAUUUUUGUUCAUUCUACUGGACCGACCAACUGACCAUCAGCGUGAUGCCAGGUGUUCGUCGGGCAGUCAUGCACCGCAGCCCCAGUGCUCCGUAUAUAUACAUGGACGGAUGCAGCUUUUACUGGUACAAUAUAUUGGUCUACGCCCGUAGUGGGUUCCGUAAGUAAUUACCUGCCUUCUCUGUUUGUCUAUACAUACCUUCGGGCGUGCUUGGUCAAGGACGGCACUUAUGCAUACCUACCUACCUACCUAGGUACUUAUGUUGUAUCCCUUAAUUUACCCCGAUUUUGGUUUGAGUUUGGAUUCCAUUUUCUCCUCAGUUGGAGUUGCGGUGUAAACCGGAAAGCUUCCUCGGCCCUGAGACCCUCCUUGCCUCCCUCCCUUGUGGGCCUACCUAGUCUCAUUUUGAUUCUGUCGAUGAGAUGUAGCGGUGUUGGAUUUCUUUUCCCUUCGUCUUUUCUUUUUCGUUGAGCGUACGGUGUGGUCUUCUCGCCUUCCAUUUGCACAUUCUGUUUUUAGGUUUAUUGGAUUACGGAAUGCCGUCUUCUAUCCGUAGUUACGGUCAAAGUACAUUUUGUGGGAAGCAACCCAACACCGCCAGGUCUCGCCGCUGCAGCGCAACCCAACUUGUUAUCACAAAUCGCGCGUUAGCGUCUCCAUCUGCUCCCCACAGACAAGACUUGGUCUCAAAAUUGGUCGGGUACCGUCUCGUUUAGCCGCAUAUCCUCUUGUUUUUACUUCACCACUUAUGAUCAUAGGGCUGCGGUGUGGCUGUCAAACCUGUCGCCUGCCUCCUUUUUUUAUUUUUAUUUUUUAUUAUAAACUUGCCCAGUCUUGGGUCACCGAAACUUUUGCAGAUACGGAGUAGUCGGAGCCGAUGACACGUCUAUUUCUGUGCGACUUGCCUCAACACUAAUAAGCUCGAUAUAGCGAGGGAAAUUCUACCUCCAACUUCCCCCCUCCCCCCUUUUGGUUACCUACUUACUCCGUAGUUACUCAAGUCGCAUUACGGAGUAAAACACAAAGACAUUGCAUCGUCGAUCCCUGCUCUGUCAUCACGUCGGGCAGAACUGCUUGACAACCAGCCAGUUGAGGCGUCCUGAGCCCGGAUCACGGCCACGGACGGGCCAAGGUACAAUAACGGCGAUUGGGCCCGGGGGCUUGCUGCAUGCUGCAUGCCCACGAGCCUCCGCAUUCGAGCCACGACAGCGACCCAGUCAGACUAGACUGAAAGUGUAUAACCCACAUUAUCUGGCAUCCGCUGGCCCAUAACCUGCCGACUCCUUUUUUUUUGUUAUUUUUUGUUGUUGCUCAAGGGUCCUCGCGAGAGAGAGUGAUUGUCUGGUUGGGCCUCUCUUGUUUGCACUGCACUGCACUGCACUCUAUAACCAAAACCAAACUUCGCCACUGAGAGACAGCAGAAGAAAAACGAGGAUCAACCAAAUCUUUUUUGGGGAUUGUUUUAUUAUUGUUUGCUUCUGUUCCCCGUCAAUCCCCACGGAGUACAUACCUCGAUACACCGUCACUGGAAUCCCGAGCUUCCGACAGGCAGUUGGUUGCUGUUGGGAUCCAUGCAGACGAACCUCAUCUUGCCCAGCAUCCAUCCGCAAGUAGCCAGCAGCAGUUGCAGGUGCAGCGACAACAACAACACUACUGUAUCAGCUCACUCCCUGCAUACUCACUCAAGACUGCCUGCCCACAUUUUGCCUACUUGACUUGCUGCCGGCUGUCUACCGUUGCAUUGCUUUUGCGGCUCUAAUCCCACAGCAAGAACGCAGGACGACGGAGGUCUGUCUCCAAAAUGGACCCCGAUUGUGCGAUAUGCCGGAGGCCAGCCACUGUACGAUGUGAUUGUGAAGCCAAAGGUCUGGAGGAGGCCGUCAGACAAGCCGAGGUGAAGUUGAUGUCGAGGGUGUACGAAGAUAUACGAGAAUGGGUGCGCGGUCGGGCUCAAGACUACGUCUUGUCAGUCUACCACAAGCAAGCCGAAAGGCGAAAGCAGGACCACGCAAAGCACAUUGAGCGUAUCACGGCACACUCCUACCACCAUUUUCAUCGUCCACCACAUCCGAACGAGAUCGUGGCUGCUCAGGCCACCCUCAAGAGGGGCAUCGAUGGUGACUGGCAGGCCGCCGUCUAUAGAUAUCCCGAAGUUCUCGAGUACUUUUAUGGACUCGUCAACAUCACACUCCCUCGCGACAGCGAUCCCGAAGUACGGCAUCCACCCCUUGACUCUCCUCCGAGCCACAAGAGGGUCGGCCGUAGAGGCAGCGGUGGCGGGCCCGGGACUGUGGCAAGUGUCAGCUUUGCCCCGCCGCCUCCGCCCCUAGAGGAAGAAAGGAGAACCCCGGGGCCACCAUCACGGCGACAUUCCUACAGGCCACCUCCAGGACCACCACCAGGACCCCCAUCCCCUUACCACACGCAGUACUAUUAAGGAGCCCGCCCUUCGCAGGAAACCAUCUGGAACAAAUGGCUUUCGCCCCUUAUGAUAUGAGGCUGAGGAUUUGUUACAUAAGGUUGUUUAUUUUUGUUUGUUUUCUGUUUCUUGUCACAAGAAUUUGCCCCACGACACUUUUACUUCACGAAGAACACGACUAUAAUGAGGACAAGGACUUUAUUUUUCAUGAGAGCCCAAAUCACAGGCGGCAUACUGGAGACGACGACAUCCCAUGGAUUUUUAUUUUCUUGCAUAGCAGCUGGAGAACAGGUAUCUUUUCUCGUCUAAUUUUGUCAUUCGUCAUCUGUUUCCAACGUGCUUCGCGCAAUCACAUGAACGACGACUUGUUGGCUCGUCGCUGGACUUUUGCUGUCCCCGACCGUGUUCAUUCUUAUUAGCCGCUUCUCAGUACAUUCGAAUCGCACAGCUCUCCCAAAAUAUAUAAAGGAGGGAAACCCAUGUCACCUGGUUGAGGACUGACUGUCAUACGGGUGGAAAUAUCCACCAUCCACAUAUACCUGGCCUCACAUUCUUGGAUCCUGCAGUUAAUUAGUUCCUUGAGCUGGCAAAGGACAGUGACAAUAACGAGCUGGCAUUGGCACUGCCUAAGAAAAAGUCAUGUCGACUUGUUUCUCGAACAUGCACAUCAAAAAGCAUGACAACGAGGCCCAGGUCAAACUACCAGAGCUCACUCUACUGUUAGCUUCCCUCCGAAUUGAAUAAUAAUAAUAGAGGUACUUAAAAAACACACGCUAUAUAGCACAAAAUUAUCGAAAGCCAUUUUGAUACUCCCAGGUGCGAAAUUAUGAAGGGA